CUUUCGUGCUUGUCAAAUCAAAUGACAAAAAAAAAAUAUAAAAUAAAAUUCGUUUUCGUUUCCUACAAUUUUCCUCCUAUUAUUAAUUAAUUUACUGAAUUAAAAUAAAAAAACAAAUAUGAAUUUUUCGGCUUUAUCAGUUACUUUUAAUUUAUUAAAACAGCGUAUACUAUUACCAUCGCUUAUUGUCAGAAGUUAUGCAAAACCUGUAGCGGCCUCGCCGAUGGCCAAAAAGAAAAAGCUGGGAAAACUUGGUGCAAUAGUUGAGAAAAAAGUUAUUCCAGUCGAAACUGAUGUCAAUAAAUUAGUGUCAUACUGUUGUGGGAGCAAUAUCAACAAAACCGGAGAAGACAUCAAGAUAAAACCGGACUCAGAAUAUCCUGAAUGGUUAUGGAAAAUUAACUAUAAAGGAAUUGUGCCAUUAGAAGAACUAGAUCCUGAAUCAAAGAAAUAUUGGAGAAGGAUUCGUAAAAUGGCUCUUAGAAGAAACAAUAAGCUUGCAAAACUAAAGAAGUUUUAAAUUGUUUUUAAUUGCAAAAAAAAUAUUAAAGUUAAAAAUUGUUUUGUUUUA